CUGGCAUGAUAAACAUGAUCCGGUCGUCGACUUAGGUUGGAUUGACAGAACCAAUUCCACAAGUCUACAGGUGGGCGAAACAGGACAUUUUAAUUUCUUUCACCGAUCCUAUUUCAUGUUUUUAACAAAUCCCAAAGCAAUCGAAGUCGACGAGUCAUAACUCGAACAGACGGCCAGUGAACAGGAUGUUUUGAAUAAAUGAUGGAAGCUGAUGAUCAUGGACUGCUAGCUGACUGACCACUGACUGACCACUCAUUUUAGCCAUGCCACGGAUUUUCAUCAACUUCCGAAGCUGUAAUGGCAUCUACGAUUGUAUGUUGUACAGUCGGGAGCUGGCACCGGUGCAGCUGGACGAGGGGAGACUGUUCGUCCAGCUUCUAUUCCUCACAGAUGUUUUUGACAUCAAUCUGAAUAACCUCACAUUCUGUUCAAAAGAAAGUGAUUCGAAUGUGACAAAAACUGUACAGGAAUCAGACAAUGGAACAUGUACUCAAAAUAAGGGAUUAUUUGGCAACCCUGAAAAUAAUUCCCCAACGUUUUGUGAAAAUGUUGUCUCACGGACCAGUAUGCUGCAACAAAGUCACGUGUCAUCACCAUCUUUCUUCGAUAAACUUGACACAGAUUCCAUGGAGGACCAGUCUCUCACUAUCGGUGUCGUUCCGGCCACAAAGUGUGUCGUACUAAUGGACGCCCAUCUCGCAUCCUGUGCUGCGUGUGAAAUUCAUCGAAGUAGAAGGUUUAGAAGACGAUUUUUAAAAUUCCUUGCACGGACGUGUGGGUUUAAGGCUUGUGAUUACGAGAAUGUGGAUUAUUCUGAUUUGGUAUGUGAUCGGUUUCUAACAGUCCCGUAUAUGGUGGAUGUUGUAUCUGUCUGGCCAAAACAAAGGAUUGAUUACCCAUGGGGAAAGCUGAUCUGUGGCCUGGCGGUCAAGAGGAUGCUGUGUGAGGAGUCAAUGGCGUGGCUGUCAACGCUGGGUGGAGGGUACUCCGCGCUGGGAGAUUACUAUCGAGUCCAUGCCGUCACUGCCGGGGAGGUAUCACUGAAGCAAUUCCACAUCGCCAUGGAGCUGGGAGAUCCAAUCAUGGCUGCCAAGUGCCGGCUAUUCUGGGCUCAAAGCCGUCUUCAACUUCGGGUAUUUCAAACAGUGCAGGACGAUAGUCAGACGGCAGUACCUCUAUGCCCAUCAAGCUAAAUUCAAAGAUGACAGGCUCACCAACAUGUGUCUGGCCAUUUGGGGACGUCUCAAAUAUCUGUACCAGCUCCACAAGCAAAGUACCAACCCUAGAAAUAUAUCAGGACAUGUGCCCU